CUGUUCAGUUCAUGUAUUCCUUGUGGAUAACUCACCUGGUUUACAGGAGAUGUCAGCCCUGAGAGACUCCGUGUGCUAACAGAUUUGCUGCCUCUUUCCAGCGGCUCUCGGUUUGACAUGUCCCGGUGUUAGCAGCGGGCCCUGCCCCCAGGGCAGCCCUCCUUCCCCAUCCCCUCCCCAAGAGCUGUCAAUCAUGGGGAUGGGGCAGAGACCGGCUGCUUGCUGCCUCUGGAGUUACUGGUUUAUCUGGAUCCAGACUGCAACUCGUUAACCAGGAGCUGAGAGCAAGGGCGAAGAGGGAGCUAUGGCCAUAAUCUGGGCACUGGGGCUGCUGAUAGUCUCCCAGCUCCUGUUAAAAUCCGGAGCCCAGGAGCCGAUUAUAGAACCUUUCGGACCGAACGGACCCGCGGGACCCCCGGGCAAAGACGGAAUCGAUGGUGAGCCUGGACCAGCUGGUUUGCCGGGCCCUCCGGGUGUACCAGGUGAACCGGGAGACCCUGGCAGUCCCGGAGCCCCUGGCCUUGCUGGGCUUCCAGGAAUCGACGGUCUGCCUGGUCCUCCCGGAGCAGAUGGUCCUGAUGGAGCUCCCGGUGAGCGGGGAGAUCCCGGACCGCCAGGGCCACCAGGCAUACCCAGAUUAACAGAGCCAGGGAAGAUUGGCGAUCUGGGACCUCAAGGAGAUGUUGGUCUGCCAGGUGCCCAGGGCCCUCAAGGGCAGCGGGGUGAAGAUGGUCUACCUGGACUUCCAGGACCACCUGGACCUCCUGGACCCCUGGGUGAGCCUGGGCUUUACACAGGCGAAGGAAGUGGUGACUUUUCUUGCCCAGCUGUCUGCCCUUCCGGUCCUGCUGGUCCUCCAGGAAUGCCUGGUUUCAAGGGGCACACAGGGCACAAGGGAGAGCGUGGAGAACCCGGCAAGAGGGGUGCCAAGGGGGAUCCCGGACCUCCCGGCGUGCCAGGUUUACCUGGACCAAUUGGAUUACAGGGUCCUCGAGGAUUGAGAGGCCCUCUCGGUAAACCUGGUCCUCCCGGUGACAGAGGUCCCAUAGGAUUCCACGGACCAGUCGGUCCACCUGGCCCUCCGGGGAAAGUGGGAGAUAAAGGUCCAAAAGGAUUCCAAGGAUUCCAAGGAACAAAGGGAAACCCGGGCAAGAUUGGUCCCAGGGGUCUGCCUGGAAUUGCAGGACAGAAGGGUGAGCUGGGAAUUCCAGGCCGGGAUGGGCGAGAUGGAAAUCCAGGAAUCAAUGGUGAAAAGGGUGAGCCAGGACGUAACGGGGCCCCUGGAGAGAAAGGUCCAGUGGGACAGCCUGGAUUACCUGGAAAGCCAGGGCCUAAAGGAGUCAAUGGUGAACUGGGAAGUCGAGGACUAAUGGGUAGCCCAGGACCCCAAGGACCUCCCGGGAGUGCCGGACCUUUGGGAGACUCUGGAAUGAUGGGAGAGCGUGGACCAAGAGGAGUUGAUGGGGAAAUGGGACCUGCUGGGGGACGUGGAAUCCGGGGUCGCAGAGGUUUCCAGGGUCGUAAAGGUGAAGGAGGUGAGCCAGGUGUCCCGGGACCUACAGGAAUCCGUGGGGAUUUUGGAGAAAGGGGCCCUGUUGGAGCAUCUGGUCCCAAAGGUAACCAGGGACUUGCAGGAUCUGAUGGGCUCCCAGGAGAGAAAGGAGAGUUGGGUCAGCCAGGACCACAGGGGCAGAAGGGAGAGCCAGGAGCUCGUGGUGAGGUGGGACGUAAAGGGAAUCCUGGUCCAGCUGGGGUUCCUGGCUCAGAUGGUGUUCCUGGUCCUCCUGGGCUAAUUGGUGUAGCCGGAGAGCGUGGUAUUCCUGGGACUACUGGAAAAGCAGGUCCUCCUGGAAAACAUGCAAGUGAGCAACGAAUCCGGGAACUCUGUCACAGCCUGAUCAAUGAUCAGAUUGCAUUGUUAGCUAAUAAUCUGAGAAGGCCAAUGGCCCCUGGAAUGAUAGGAAGGCGUGGCCCCCCUGGUCCUCCGGGUCCACCAGGGCCGAAGGGCAAUGUUGGCCAUCCAGGCAGACAAGGUCCAACAGGAUUGACUGGACCAUCUGGUGAUCUUGGUGACACAGGACCACGAGGUGACCGUGGUGUAAAGGGAGACAAGGGGGUUAUCGGCAAAUCCAUUGAUGGCUUAGUAGGACCACAAGGGCCUCCAGGGCCCCCAGGAGCCAUGGGACUUAGUAAGAAUGGGCGAGACGGAGCACAAGGGGACCCGGGCCCUCCAGGAGAUCCAGGACGGCCUGGAAGAAAUGGCGCUAUGGGAACACCAGGAAUCUGUGAUACCUCUGCUUGCCAGGGAGCUGUUGCAGCAGUAAAAUCAGGGUCUCCCAAAAAGUCAUGAAGGAUGCGAUCACAGAAGCAAUAAGAAGAUAACUUGAAAUGAAGCCGAGUUCCUCCUGAGAUUCAGUGAAUAGAAAGAGACAACAAAAUCAAGGACAAUUGAUCAAUGUUUUGGCUCCUGAUAUCCAAGUGUCUUAUAAAUAUAUUUGAGAAGGUGCUAAAAACCGACACUUUGCUUUUUACCACAUGUUUCUUCCUAAUUUUUCCAAUUCUGUUUGAGAUUUGUAAAGAUUAUCUGCACUUAGCCUUGUCUGGUUAGAAUAUUCCUUUUUAAAUACUUAUUUCCUAAGUUUGGCUACUCCAUUUGUUUUCAUUGUUUCUUACAAAAUACUAUUGAUUAUAAAUGCUUACCUCAAUUAGAAACACCUUAUGGCAAUUAUUGAUGCUACACUAUCUGAACUGUGAGGGGUUACACUGUACAUACGAUAUAAAUCUAAUGGUCAUAGUGUUUUGUAUAGUACCCUAAAUCCAGAAACAGCAACGCCAAAUUUCUGACCUUCAAGUAAUUAAUUGUAUUGGCAAAGGAGACAUACUAUUUGUGCCUGCAUUUUUUUUCUCUUAACUGCAUUUCUCCUAGUGUAACAACUUUUUUGUGGAAAUUACAAGUUUUUGUGAAUUCAAAGUAACAAUUUAUGGCUUGUUGUUACUGUAUUCCAUCCCAUUUUGUAACAUUUUCUAUAAAUUAAUAAAUCCCUGUCAAACUCCCGCAUCCACAAAGAACUGUAACCAAUCAGUAUCCUUGAUUUUAAAAUAAUAUUUAUUAAUUGUGGGUGCCUGUUGUCUGUAAAAUAAAGCUGUUACCACCAA